AUGAAAAUCAUCAUAGUAGUUCGAGACCCGGUUAUGAGGGCGAUAUCAGAUUAUACGCAAGCUUCGUCGAAGCGAAAAGCACUUGGUGUGAUGCCAACGUUUGAAGAGAUGGCUGUUGUUGACGGCGAGCGAUUAGUUACCCAACCAGCUCUGGAAGUCAGCCGAACAGAGCGCUUCCUUGGACUAGAGCCAGGUAAGAAAACUUACAUGUUUUGGUGGGUGUGUUUUACCUAUAUGAAACUCCAUUCAGUUGUGAAACCAGAAAAUUUCGGAGUUGACCCAAUCAAGAAAUUCCCAUGCGUUCGUCGCGCUGAUGGAACCUUACACUGUUUGGGUAAAACAAAAGGCAGAAAGCAUCCUGCAGUUCGACAAGAGCCGUUUCAUAGUAGCAAUAGAUGA